AUGGAUAAAGUGAAUAAUACCGAUAUAGAUGCUAAUGAUCUGUACUUGUAUGACUUACCAGAGAAAAUUCUUGGGUCAUUGGAAUUGAUUUAUUUUGAUUCUUCAACCACAGUCGUUCCAUCGCAAUCUGUACCAUCCACAUCGACACAAGUGGUAGAGGUUAAUACAGAUACUAAAGAGGAUAAGCCUAUACAGAAUAUCAGUGUAUGUUCUGUUUGCAAGCCUCAAUAUGAUUUGAAAGCAACACAAAAUGAGAAGAGAGAUCAUUAUAGAUCAGAUUAUCAUAGAUUGAAUUUGAAAAGAUCAAUCAGUAAUUUGCCACCAUUAUCAGAAUCAGAAUUUGACAGGCUCAUUGAAGAAGAGUCAAUAGAAAGUAUAUCUGGUUCGGAUGAUAGUAGUGAAAGUGAAUCAGAGGAUGAGUUAUCCUCGUCUACCAAGUUAGACACAAUAAUCGAAAAAUUUGAUAGCGUAUCAAUUGACAAGAAUGAAACAAACGAUGACGAGGAAGAAGGAACAAUUAGUUAUUUGAAUACUAAUUCUCCUUUUAUUUAUUUCAAAUCUAUAUUAAUUCCAGAAGGAAAAGUCUUCGGUGUGUAUAAAUCUGUUUUCACUGAAAGACAAUUACAAGAAGACCCAGUGGAGACUCUUCGUUCAUUCUCAAAUCCACCUAUCAAGACGAAGAAAUCUGCCCUUCUCAUGAUUGGUGGUGGCCAUUUCGCAGGCGCAAUUAUUUCACAUAUACCUAAGAACAUCAAAGGUAAUGCUCCUAAUUUCAAAGAGUCGAAGCAAGAGCAAUUAACAAACAUAAUAGAAUCUAAGACUUUUCAUAGAUAUACUACAAGGAAAAAGCAAGGUGGAUCUCAAAGCGCAAGUGAUAAUGCUAGAGGUAAAGCAAACUCGGCUGGGUCUAGCAUUCGUAGAUACAAUGAGCAAGCGCUCACACGGGAAGUUAGAGACUUAUUGAUGUCAUGGAAGGGUCAUAUUGAUGAUUGUACAAAUAUUUAUAUAAGAGCGAAUGGUCCAUCAAGUAGGAGAAUUCUUGUGGGAUAUGAUGGUUGUGUUUUACAUACCAGCGAUGAUAGGAUAAGAAGCUUUCCAUUUACUACGAAAAGAGCAACGACAUCAGAAUUAAAGAAAGCAUGGUCAAACUUAUCGUAUUUGACUAUUCAUGAUAUGCCAAAAUCAAAUGAAAAGUUAAAGAAAAGGUUACAGAAACAAAGGGAUAACUUGAAAAAUUCUCAGCAGCAACAUUCAAAGAAACCUGAAGAAAUUGUUCUCGAUGAAAAUGAUAAACAUUCCAAUGAGUUGAUAGGCUUUUUAAAGAAAUCAAAAGCUCCAAUGUUAGUCAACUAUAUUCAUAAAAACAAUUUGUCCCCUAAUCAUGAACUAUCGCCUAAAGAUCAAUACGUUCAUAAUCCGACUUUAUUGCAUUUCGCUUCAUCUCAAGGUUUAUCACAUAUGGUGCAAGUAUUAAUCGUUAACCUUAAAGCUGAUCCAACUAUUUCUAAUCAAUUCGGUAAGACACCGUUUGAACUAGCAGGAAAUACAGCAACAAGAAGAGCAUUUCAAAUAGCAAGAUAUUCUUUAGGUGAGGACUACUGUGAUUGGCAAUUAUCAAAAGUAGGUAGUCCCAAAUCAAAAGAGGAAGUUGAAAGAGAACAAAAAGAAGAACAAAAGAAAAUAGACGAAGAUAAGAAGAAAAUGAUAGAAGAUGAGUUAGCAAAACGCACAGAAAUGGAACAGAAAAAACCGACGUACUCAUCAGGCGGAACUUUGGGUAGUGGUAAAAUACCUAGUUCUUUAACUGAAACUAGCGGCCUUUCUGAACAGCAGAAGAUGAGAAUAAUGAGAGAACAAAGAGCAAGAGCAGCUGAAGCCAGGAUGAAAAGAAUGCAAGGAAAUUAA